CGCCUUCCGAGCUUUCAUUCGGGCCCACGCAGCGCUGGACUCUGGCUUAGAAGCCGCAUGUCCCCCAAGGUCCUGCAGGCUCUCGGGCCACCCACAACCGGCACGCAGACGAAAGCACCGGAGCUGUCAUUUCUCAGAGGGAAACACUAGAGCCACAGGCCCAUCUCGCGUAAGACACGCCCUCGCGGGGAGUGCUUCCGGGGCAGGGGGCGGGACCACCGGAAGUGGUCGGAGGCCGUCCGCAGCUCGUUGUUUAAGCGGCUGACGGGAAGGAGAAGCCGGAGCUCCGGAGGCGCCGCGGGGCGGCAGUCACGACCAGAUUCCGAGCCGUCACUGACCCUCGGACGAGCCCGAAGCUAGGGCUACAGGCUGCGGAGCGGCUGGGCGAGACACCGGCUCGCCUUCGGACCCCAUCAUGUCGCGGGGCUCCAUCGAGAUUCCCCUCCGGGACACUGACGAGGUCAUUGAACUUGACUUCGAUCAGUUACCAGAGGGAGAUGAAGUUAUCAGUAUUCUGAAACAAGAACACACACAACUACACAUAUGGAUUGCUUUGGCGCUGGAAUACUACAAGCAAGGAAAAACAGAAGAAUUUGUAAAGCUGUUGGAAGCAGCACGUAUAGAUGGCAAUUUGGACUAUAGAGACCAUGAAAAAGACCAGAUGACUUGCUUGGACACAUUGGCAGCCUAUUAUGUACAACAGGCUCGGAAAGAAAAGAAUAAGGACAAUAAGAAGGAUCUUAUUACACAGGCCACCUUGUUGUAUACAAUGGCUGAUAAAAUUAUUAUGUAUGAUCAGAACCAUUUGUUGGGAAGAGCCUGCUUCUGCUUACUUGAAGGCGACAAAAUGGAUCAAGCUGAUGCACAAUUUCAUUUUGUACUCAACCAAUCUCCAAAUAAUAUCCCAGCCCUUCUUGGUAAAGCUUGCAUUUCUUUCAACAAGAAGGAUUACAGAGGAGCUCUUGCUUACUAUAAGAAAGCGUUGCGUACUAACCCAGGAUGUCCAGCGGAAGUUCGUUUGGGAAUGGGCCAUUGCUUUGUGAAGCUUAACAAACUAGAGAAAGCUCGCCUGGCAUUCAGCAGAGCCUUGGAACUCAAUUCCAAAUGUGUGGGAGCAUUGGUUGGACUGGCUGUUCUAGAACUCAACAAUAAAGAGGCUGAUUCCAUAAAAAAUGGUGUCCAGCUUCUUUCCAGAGCCUAUACUAUUGAUCCUAGCAACCCUAUGGUAUUGAAUCAUUUGGCAAAUCACUUUUUCUUCAAAAAGGAUUACAGUAAAGUCCAGCAUCUGGCUCUCCACGCGUUCCAUAACACAGAGGUGGAGGCUAUGCAAGCAGAAAGCUGCUAUCAGCUGGCUAGAUCAUUCCAUGUUCAGGAAGAUUAUGACCAAGCUUUUCAGUACUACUACCAGGCCACACAGUUUGCCUCGUCCUCUUUUGUGCUCCCAUUUUUUGGUCUGGGACAGAUGUAUAUUUAUCGAGGUGACAAAGAAAACGCAUCCCAGUGCUUCGAGAAAGUUUUGAAAGCUUAUCCUAAUAAUUAUGAAACUAUGAAAAUUCUCGGCUCUCUCUACGCUGCCUCAGAAGACCAAGAAAAACGAGAUAUUGCCAAGGGCCAUUUGAAGAAAGUCACAGAGCAGUAUCCUGAUGAUGUUGAAGCUUGGAUUGAAUUGGCACAAAUCUUAGAACAGACUGAUAUACAGGGUGCCCUUUCAGCCUAUGGAACAGCAACACGAAUCCUUCAGGAGAAAGUGCAGGCCGAUGUCCCCCCAGAGAUUCUGAAUAAUGUGGGUGCCCUCCACUUUCGACUUGGAAACCUAGGAGAGGCAAAAAAAUAUUUUUUAGCAUCAUUGGACCGUGCAAAGGCAGAAGCUGAGCAUGAUGAACAUUAUUAUAAUGCCAUUUCAGUAACAACAUCAUACAAUUUAGCCAGGCUGUAUGAGGCGAUGUGUGAAUUCCAUGAAGCAGAAAAACUGUAUAAAAACAUCUUACGAGAACAUCCUAAUUAUGUUGACUGCUAUUUGCGCCUAGGAGCCAUGGCUAGAGAUAAAGGAAACUUUUAUGAGGCUUCAGAUUGGUUUAAGGAAGCUCUUCAGAUCAAUCAGGAUCAUCCAGAUGCUUGGUCUUUGAUUGGUAAUCUUCAUUUGGCAAAACAAGAAUGGGGUCCAGGCCAGAAAAAAUUUGAGAGGAUAUUAAAGCAGCCAUCCACACAGAGUGACACUUAUUCUAUGCUAGCCCUCGGCAACGUGUGGCUCCAGACUUUGCAUCAGCCCACCCGAGACCGGGAAAAGGAAAAGCGUCAUCAAGAUCGUGCUCUGGCCAUCUAUAAACAAGUACUCAGAAAUGAUGCAAAGAAUCUGUAUGCUGCUAAUGGCAUAGGAGCUGUUUUGGCUCACAAAGGAUAUUUUCGUGAAGCUCGUGAUGUAUUUGCCCAAGUGAGAGAAGCAACAGCAGACAUCAGCGAUGUGUGGCUGAACUUAGCACACAUUUAUGUGGAGCAAAAGCAAUAUAUCAGCGCUGUGCAGAUGUAUGAAAACUGCCUCAGAAAAUUCUAUAAGCACCAGAACACUGAAGUUGUGCUGUAUUUAGCCCGGGCCCUCUUCAAGUGUGGCAAGUUACAGGAAUGCAAACAGACACUGCUGAAGGCUAGACAUGUGGCGCCCAGUGAUACUGUUCUUAUGUUUAAUGUGGCCUUGGUCCUGCAAAGAUUAGCUACCUCUGUCCUGAAAGAUGAAAAAAGUAAUCUGAAGGAAGUACUUAAUGCUGUGAAAGAACUGGAGCUUGCGCACAGAUACUUCAGUUACUUGAGUAAAGUAGGAGAUAAAAUGCGAUUCGACUUGGCCCUUGCUGCGACAGAAGCCAGGCAAUGCUCUGACUUACUGAGCCAGGCCCAGUACCACGUGGCCCGGGCACGCAAGCAAGAUGAAGAGGAACGAGAGUUGCGGGCCAAACAAGAGCAGGAAAAAGAACUGCUAAGGCAGAAACUCCUUAAAGAGCAGGAAGAAAAACGUCUUAGAGAAAAGGAAGAGCAAAAGAAACUUUUGGAACAGCGGGCCCAGUAUGUGGAGAAGACCAAAAAUAUCCUUAUGUUUACUGGUGAGACCGAAGCAGCGAAAGAGAAGAAGAGAGGCGGUGGUGGCCGGCGUUCUAAGAAAGGAGGAGAGUUUGAUGAAUUUGUCAAUGAUGAUACCGAUGAUGACCUCCCUAUAUCCAAGAAGAAGAAGAGAAGAAAGGGCAGUGGCAGCGAACAAGAAGGCGAAGAGGAGGAGGGUGGCGAGAGAAAGAAGAAAAAGAGGAGGAGACCUCUAAAGGGAGAAGAAGGCUCUGAUGAUGAUGAAACAGAAAAUGGCCCCAAACAGAAGAAGCGCCGUCUGCCAAAAACAGAGAAGAAAAAGGCUCCCAAGCCAGAGCGCCUGCCUCCUUCAAUGAAGGGAAAAAUAAAAUCCAAAGCCAUUAUAUCAUCAAGCGAUGAUUCUUCUGAUGAGGAUAAACUUAAAAUUGCUGAUGAAGGACAUCCCAGGAACAGCAACAGCGACUCCGACGAGGAUGAGCCGCGGACGAAGCCGGUCUCAUCGGAGAGCGACUCCGAUGAGAACCAGAACAAGUCUGGCAGCGAGGCGGACAGUCCCCGAAGGCCCCGAAGACAGCACUCGGAGGAGGAUUCAGACAGCGACCAGCCUGCCAGAAAGAGGAGACCCUCAGGCUCGGAGCAGUCCGACAAUGAGUCCGUGCAGUCCGGGAGGAGCCGCUCGGGAGGGUCCGAGAACGACUCGCGCCCGGCUUCUCCCAGCGCGGAGUCAGACCGCGAGUCGGAGAGGGGAUCCGACAAUGAGGGCUCCGGCCGGGGCUCUGGCAAUGAGUCGGAGCCAGAAGGGUCCAACAACGAGGCCUCUGACCGAGGCUCCGAGCACGGGUCAGACGACAGUGACUAGGCUCUGUUUCACAAAGAAGCUUCAUCUCCGGAGGAAACUUUUUAAUAUGUGAAAACUGUCAUGAAAAUGUUUCAGAUGUGUGGUCAAUUGUGAAAUUUUUCUUAAGGCAAUUUUUUUCUAUCAGUUUGUAUAUUACUAAGCUCCAAGCGACAUUUCCUGUACUAGAGUCCAAUAUUUGAGUCUCGUACAAAUGAGACUAUUCUUCAUUGUGGUACAAUUCUACCUAUCAUAUGUGAAAACUGCAGUAAAAAUAAACCCAGAUGCUAAACCAUUCCUACAAGGGGUCUGCUGAAACUGUGGCAGGUGUCUCAUCUUCUUUGUAUGUUACAGCAUACUGUUUGGAUUUUUAUUGCAAUCUUUUACCAAGUGGUACACACACUGGGUAUUCAUGUCUUUGUUCCAUUUCUGAGGUUAGAUUGAGAAUAUUUUUAGUUUCUGGAGGGAGAGGUAUCUACUGUUUAAUUGCACCAAAGUACACAUGAAAGGAAGAUUUUCAACAGUAUAAUACUGCAGUCAUGUAGAUACAAUCCAAAUAUAUAAUUUGCUAGGUUGAAUAAGGUAUGGAAAGAUGCUUUUCUGUCAGUAGAAUACAAAAACCUACCUAAGCCACGUAAUAAAAUUCUUUUACCAACUUUUA